CCCGCUCUCGAUUUGCUCUUCCAUGGAGUCCAGACAUGAAUGGCAUGGACGACAACGACGGCGAACAAGACCUCUUUGAUGAUGAUAAUGAUUUUGACGAUAUACCAGAGGCCGCUCUUCAAGAGCUAGAACACAAUGCUCUUCUCUCUACUCAGCAAUCCAGGAAGCCAAAUACUCUCGCGCCGCCAGUGCGGCCACCAUUUAAUAUCCAAUCGCACCGUCUGAGUUCAUCCGUUCAUCAGCAUCUUCCUCAAAAUGUCCCCGAGGACGACAGUUUUGAGUAUAUCGCUGACGAUGACCUUGCAACGCCUGUCGAAGAGCAUACCUCUUUCAACCUAAAGCAUCACGUCCCUAGCGAAUCGGUAUCUCGCGAAACAUUCCGCCAACAUCGCUAUGGUCAACCUCAAUUUCAUGCUGGUCCUCCAGCACGAACGCAGCCUGGUCAAAAUGUUAUACCUUUACAACCACAAGCGCCAUCUGAUGGUCGCUUUUAUGGCUUUCCUGCGAAGCCUCUCCCAGCCAGGUCGACCCAACCGUCCUUGCAGGAUCACUCCGUUCCCGAGACCAAUGAUCCACAGGUCCUGCGAGCUCAGAUCCGAGCCUUGAUCAAGGAUAACAGUGUCCUUACUAGCGACUUGCGACAGGCAAAGGACACAGCUCUUACUCAGAAUGGCGAGAUCUCCAUCAUCCGAUCGAAACUCGAGAAAGAGACAAAGGUCUUUGAUCGCCAAAUUGGAUCCCUAAAGAAAGCCAUGCAAGAUGAGGCUGCCAAAUACAAAGCCGCUGUGGAUGCUCUUACAGAGAAAAAUCGUCAAUUGAGCACCCGCUUCCAGUUCCUCGAACAAGAACACGCUCAAGGGAUGCAGGAGACCAAAUCCCUAAAACAGCGACUCCGAGACCAACCAUCUACCGAACAACACGACGGCAUCUCAACUCCCAAACAUGGAAUGGGAGCCUCUUUAAGGGAUGGCUUCGAUGAUGAUGACAUCAUGCUACAAUCGCCAUCGAAGUCGGCUCGUCGCUCAAAGCCCGCCACACCAACAAUUGCCAAUAAAAGGAAAAGAAAGCUCGAUGCACCUAGCCCUGUCAAAGGGCUUACUCUUAGGCUAUCUGGACGAGCCUCGGACGAGAUCCAACCCCGUCCCCCCCCUUCGGCCCUUCCAGAGGAACGCCCGGCCGUUAUCGUUAGGAAAGAUCCUCAGGCGGAGCGUAAUCUUCGAUUCUUGCAGCUCAUCCUCGAUUUCCAUCCCCGCGCCAAAGAUGAAACGCUUCUAGAAAACCUCGUUCAGUAUGCCUUCCCCUCCGAUCAUAAUAAACGUUUCUCUACAAUACUGUUAGACGGAGUGGCAAAGCUCAAUGGCGACCGCCUCCCCGCCGAUCUUCUACAGAUCUUUGUGGACAUGUGGGCACAGUCUUUGAAAGAGCAAUUUUACAAACCUAUCUCCCUACUCAUCGAGGUGGUUGGCUUCAUCGUUGACCAUAACAUGGCAUCUCUAGACACUGGGAUUGUCAACAGUCUCGUUCCAGUUGUUCAAAAUUCUAUUGCUAUAAAUGCCCGGAAACGCUUCGAGCAUUCCCCAGUUUACCACUCGUCGUUUGGCACGAUCCGCCAAACUCCUCAAGCCGCGUUGAACCACGAUGUCAAUAGCACCUCAUGUCUAGAUCUUCUCCUCACAAUGUCUUACGUUGUCAAGGACGAUUCGGCUCUUACAGAUCUGUUCUGGCGACUGAUGGACCCCGAGUUUAUUCUGAUGAUGCUGAAUGCCUGGCAGCCCAUCCCAGACAUCACUCUCAUGCUCCAACUCCUCGCCACGUCUAUUUGCCCUUCCACUUUUGGCCCUAUUAGUACUUCGGAUCAACAGACAAAGAUCGAACACUGGAUCAUCAAUCGUGUAUGCUGUCUUCUUUGGGAAACGCCCCAAGUCGACGAGGGCUUACCUCCGAACACAACAGAUCAGCUCUGCCACCUCCGGCUCGAAGUUCUAGACCUGCUUACAGCUCUGGCCAUAACCUCGUCACCUUAUCCACACGAUGACCCGAACUACCAUGGCUCCCUCCUUCUCGCCAAUGACAGCCACGCCAUUGCACGUAUUGUGCGAUCGCUGUUUGACGAAGUCUCAUCGAUGUAUCUCUUGACGCCCUCACGCGUACUUCAUUCAGAACUCGUCAACCGCGGCGUCCGCGUUUUGUACCACGUUUUGCAAACGCACAGCCAGACCAUCAACCUGCAGGAAAAGCUGUCCGUCAUCAACGGAGGAGUACACAAGCACCGAGUUGUCCUGACCAGGCUAGCUUUCAGCGAAGGAUUCUACAUCGACAGACACAUCACCGCCGAAACCGUCGCGAUGGCAACGGGCUUGUUGGAGGAGAGUGUCACUCCCGAUGAAGCGGAUGAGCUUAUUGAAGCAUUUCCGGGGUUCAAAGGUCGGGGUAGUACCUCUGAAAUGCGAGGGGAAAUAGGGGAUGAUCUGGAAGACGAGAUGGAGGUGAUCGAGGGAGGGUAA